CCAUGUCAUCCGAGCUUUGUGCAGGAGAAAUGGCGGUGAACUGCCAGCCAUUCAUGCGUUUCCACGGUGUUCAUGGUACAAAUGUCCGUAUUGAUCCUUCAGGUACACAAGCUACCAGGGUAGAGAGUUUUGCAAAUGGUAUUUGUUUUAGUCAGGACCCACUGGAACCUGGGCAGAUAUUUUUGGUGGAGAUUGAGGAAAAGGAGCUGGGAUGGUGCGGUCAUCUAAGAGUGGGCCUGAUGGCCCGAGAUCCCAGAACCUUAAACACAGUACCAGAAUACUCUCUUCCAGACCUUGUGAAUAUGGGCGAUACCUGGGUUUUUGCUAUUACACGGAACCAUAACAAAGUGGCUCAGGAGGAUGGAGAAAUCACCAGCAAUGGAGCAGGAAUUGGACUCUUGUCAGACCCCUACUUAAAUGUGGGCAAGAUUAAAAUUCCUCGUGACAAGCUUGUGGCUCGAAGUCGACCAGGGCGCUUCAGUCACAUCUUAGAUGAAUUAUACAAAUUAAAUGUUCUACCACCGACGGCACGGAGAAGUAGGAUUGGAGUGUUGUAUGAACCCCAGUCAGAUGGGACCCACCAAAUGCACAUAAUCAUCAACGGAGAAGACAUGGGACCUAGUGCUCGUGGGAUACCUGCCAACCAGCCCCUCUAUGCUGUUGUUGACGUCUUCGCUUCCACCAAGAGUGUCCGUGUUAUCCAGUUGGAAUAUGGAUUUCCCUCCCUGCAGACCCUGUGCCGCCUCAUCAUUCAGAAACACGUGGUCCACCGACUGGCCAUUGACUGGCUGGAACUGCCACAACUGCUGAAGAAUUUUUGCAAGUAUGAAUGAGAUCUGUAGCGUAACCAAAGACCGCUGGAGGACCAAGCAGCACGUUGUGCUCCAUCCUUUGACUCAAUAGUGGAUCAGGCAAAGACGCAACAACGAUGUGAACUGCAGUCCGUGCGUCAAAGGGCAUAUGAGGAAAUUCAAGCAACAGACUGUGUUCUGAUGUUUUUCGACAUGUCCCAGAAAUCCUGGGGCAAACUGAGUAACGUUACCAGUAUGUUGUGUUUACGGUUGUUCAAUAUAAAAAUUCAGAAAUAAUGCCUAUAAAACACACUGUGAAAAUAAAUGCCAUACAUGGAAAUGAAAUGCCUAAAGUAUAGUAUCCUAAACAUCAAAGUCUAUGUACAACAAUCACAC